CUGCCAGUCCAGCACCGCCCUCCACGGGAGGUACGGGGAGUCCUCCUCCAGGAGACUCAGGUGGUAAAGAUUUAUCCUGCUGGGAAGUAGAAGAGCACCUCAUUAAAAAAGAUGCCUCCCAAGUUCAAGUGCCACCUGAAUGAUGAUGAUGUCGCAGGUUCUGUGAAAAGUAAAAGGAGAAAUCUUUUAGAAGAUGAUUCAGACGAAGAAGAGGACUUUUUUCUAAGAGGACCAUCUGGACCAAGAUUUGGACCUAGAAAUGAUAAAAUUAAGCAUGUUCAGAAUCAGGUGGAUGAAGUCAUUGAUGUCCUGCAAGACAGUAUUACAAAGGUAAUAGAAAGAGGGGAGAGACUAGAUGAACUACAGGACAAGUCAGAAAGCUUAUUGGAUAAUGCAACUGCUUUUAGCAACAGAUUCAAACAACUUCAAAGGCAAAUGUGGUGGUGCGGAUGCAAAAUAAAAGCCAUCAUGGCUUUGGUUGGUAUUAUUCUUUUGUUAGUGAUUAUCAUUCUUAUAGUUGUGAAAUACCGUACUUGAUUUGAUGACAGAUCUUCAUUAAACAAAAUCUGGGACAAUAAUAAUAAAAGGUUGCCGCAUAAUUUAAAUGAAACCCAUGUGUAUAACUUUCAAAGCUUCUUUUUCAAGAAAUUAAGAGGCAAGUAUCACUUCAAAUUGGAGCAUUGAGAAUCUCCAAUUAUCUCCCUCCCUUCCAACAAAAUGUUGCUUUUAAUAAUUAUGUUUGAGGCAAAGAUAACUAGCCUUGAUUUUGCCAUAUUCCAAGGGUCUAAUUUGAAACUAGAUACUUGCCAAUUCACUGUUGUAUAUAUAGUCAAACACUGAUAAGGAUAUUUCAUACUGUUAUUUUAAUGGCAUAAGGACUUGAAUUUAUUUAUUUAUUUUUUAUAGAUUAAUUCUUUUUUUUUUCAUUUAUUUUUAUUAGCUGGAGGCUAA